AUGGAUCCCGACGGCUUGGAGGACGCUCUGGACCUGGCCAGAGACAGGUCACAGUACCAGGGCGUGUACGUCUACCAGCCCGCAAAGCCUGGGAAAGCUUCCGGCGAGCGCCCUACGAAGCGUCGCAAGGUCUCGACUAUCGACACUGGUGGACAAAAAUCAGAUGUGCAUAGCUUUUUGCCCCUGUUAAAUGGGGAGGAAUCUGCGGAGUGUGUGCAGCUGCGCCACGAUACCUACAAACAGCUGUGGUCUGAGCAAGAAGACAAGAUCCAAAAAAUCCUCGAAGAUGUCGACGCCGGAGUCCUGACAGACGUGUUGUCCUUUGUGAGAGAUACAUCGCCUCAGACGUGCAAUGGAUGUAUACCCACAGCAUUGGUGACCGUUGGAUCCAAUGUGUCCUCGCUUAGUCGAUUACUUUCACGCCUCAACGAUCAAUUGACGACGAGUGGCGAGGGUGGUGUUGUAGUGCUAGAAUCCGGCGACGCACCCAACCUCAAAACAUCCCUGAAGAACAUCAUCCGAGCGGCUGUCACCAAUACUGAGGGCAAUGACGGAUACCAGAAGUUCCUCACGGAUCGUUCUGGGCCGCGACUGCUCGGUUACGAUCUAGAUCUGCUUCAUGAUUACGUCCAAAGAAGAGGAACCAAGAAGCUGGUCCUUGCCCUGCGAGAUAGCGAAGCUUUCGAUCCAGGACUACUGACCGAUCUUCUGUCGCUAUUCAAAUCGUGGCUCGACCGUAUCCCAUUCACGGUGCUGCUUGGAAUCUCAACUUCUGUCGAGCUCUUUGAGGGUAGGCUCCCGCGCUCAUGUGUUUCCAUGCUCCAAGGGAAACAUUUCGAAGUUCAAGAAGCAGGAAACUGUGUCGACCGCAUCUAUGAGUCCCUGCAGGCCGAGCCGAACGCGAAAAUGUGGCUUGGCCGCAAUAUCACCAGCACAUUAUUUGAGAAGGCAAGCGACUAUUUCCUGACGCCCGAGGCAUUCAGUCGUAUGGUCAAGUACGCGUACAUGUCGCACUUCUUCGCCAACCCCCUUUCCACAUUUUUGGGAGGAUCACCAUCGCCUGCAAUGUCUCAAGGCCGUUUCUGCGAAGCUAUUAGGAAUCUGCCCUCUUUCCGAAUGUUCUGUGAGGAUCUUGUUGAGAGCGGCUCUGGGAAUGAGGUGCCCCCUUUGCUAGAAAAUGAUGAGCAUCUGUUUGAGCAGGCUGUUAAGCACUUCGAGGCAGGACAGCAAAACAUGCGACAAAUUUUCCAAGCUGUUCGACUUAUCCAUGCGUGUCUCCAACAUACGCAAGGCACGAAGAAGACCAGCUUCUCUGAUCUCUCUGUCCAUGCACUUUCCGGAGAGUUGAGUGAGUCUCCUAUCGUGGACGACAUGCUGGCUAUUGUAAGGGCUCUGGACUCUGAGAAGCUUGGAGAAGUGCUUGAAACGCUGCCCAAGGACAUGUUUCAUCAGACACCUCUCGGUGAGAUCCAAGCAAAGCUAAGAACCUUGCAAGAGACGUAUGCAGAGUCUGGGCCUCUACACAGUGAAUACAACAUCAACAGCUCUGUGGUUAAGACAACUGUUGUCCAGCAGCGGAUCCAGCUCAGCAAAGGCAAGGCCAACCUGCCCGAACAAGAUAUCGAGUAUACCAAGAUUCUCGACUGCUUGAUUGGUACGCUGCAGGAGUAUUUCGCAGAAACCUUGAUCCCGCCUCAGGAUCUGUUUCUACAUGAAGCCUUUCUGUUUGACCUGCGCAAUCCCUUGAAAGAAACAUUCGGUCCCCGGCCCCGUUUCGCCAUUGAGCGUGCCAUGGCAAGUCCCUUCGACUACUUGUUUUCCUCGCCCGACGCCUCCGGGGCCAGAAUCUCUGCCAAGCAACCUGCCACGGCUAUCUUAUAUCAACUCUACCUCGAAUCUGGUGCUCUGGUCAAUGUUCAUGACUUGUGGCAGGCUUUCUAUGGCGUUUUCGAAAAUGACCAGGGCAAGAAAUGCGAUGACCGCAUCGUCAUGUCUUUGUUCUAUGGUGCUCUGUCCGAUUUGAAGUCAUUCGGCAUCAUCAAGAAUAGCCGAAAGAAGACUGAUCAUCUUGCCAAGGUUGCAUGGAUGGGCUUGUAA